AUGUUCGCCCGAAUCAAGAAUGAUCCUCUUUACCAGGACCUCAAUUGGCGCCUGGUCCUCAUCGGUUGCGUCGCCAACCUAGGCGCGAUGGGCUUCGGCUUCGACAACGGCUGGUGGGGAGGCGCACUCGGUCUCUCACAGUUCCAGCGAAAGUACGGAUCCUACGACGACGCGCUCGGCCGAUACGCGAUUCCAGCUACGAAGACCUCCGUCGGAACGGGCACCGGGUCGGCGGGUAUCAUCAUCGGUUGUAUCCUGGCGCCGUUUGUGACAUCGCGGCUCGGUCGCAAGAAGUCCUUCCUGGUCAUCUCGGCCUUGAUGGGCUCCGGUGUCAUUCUCGAAUCGACCGCGAUCACAUCCUUCUGGCAGCUGGUGGUCGGAAGAAUCUUGGUCUAUGCGGGCAUGGGUUUGGCGUCGAACUUGACACCCAUGUACCUGUCCGAGUGCUCUCCUCCGAGAAUUCGAGGUGCCUUCCUCGCCCUUUACAGCUUCUUUCUUUCCUUCGGCGUCUUCAUGGCAGCUAUCGCCGUGUAUCUAUCCCGGACAAGGAAUGAUAAAUGGCAGUAUUUGAUCGUCAUUCUUUGCCAGCUCUUCGUCCCGAUCGGAUACGUCGUCAUGUACCCGCUGAUGCCAGAAUCUCCCCGCUAUCUCAUCUACCGCGGCAAGUACUCCGAAGCGGAAGAGGUCCUCAAGAAGCUCUCGAACCACCCCGAGACGAUCGCGCAGGAAGUCCAGCUCCUCAAGAUCCAGGUCGAGGAGCAGCGCGAGCUGCACAAGGCCACGUCCCUCAUGGACUGCUUCAAGGGCGUCAACUUCCGCCGCACCAUCAUCGCCAUGAGCGUGCAGAUCCUGCAGCAGGCCCAGGGCGUCUCCUUCAUCCAGAACUUCAUCGUCACGUUCAUGCAGCAGCUCGGGUUCCCGGACUCGCUGCGUACCAACGUCAUGGUUACCGGCUGCGGCUUCGCGGUGCAUUUCAUCACUUUCCUGACGUUUGACAAGCUCGGUCGUCGCAGGUCUCUGUCGCUCGGUGCUGUGCUGCUGGCUGGGAUGAUGCUUGGCACCGGCGCUGCGACGGCGACUGGUUCUGCUGGUAACUACUCUUCGGAAGUUGCCAAUGCUGCUGCUGCGCUUCUCAUUCUCUGGUACUCCAUUUACGGCAUCACCUGGGGACCUGGGUGCUGGAUUGUCGCCGGCGAGAUUGGAACGGGCCAGCUCCGAGAGAAGACCCUGUUCCUGGCUUCGAUGGGCAGCUUCCUCACCUCCGUGCCGAUCAACUUCGUGAACCCGUACGUGCAGGCCAAACUCGGCGGCGGCGUCACUUUCAUCUACGGCGCCUUCUCGGUUGUUGCCGCUGUCUGGGUGUUCUUCAUGGUUCCCGAGACCAAGAAUCGCUCCCUUGAAGAGCUCGACGAAAUGUUCCAGGCCAACGUCAAGACCCGGGAGUUCAAGAAGUACGUCUCGACGGGUCUGGGUGCGCAGAUUACGAUGGUAGAGGAUAAGGGCGCGAAGAAGAUGGAGAUCGAGCAGGACGAAGACGCUUAG